AAUAUUAUCUUUCUAGUACUGGACGAGGCAGAUAGGAUACUGGACAUGGGUUUCAGUGAGACAGUAAAUGCCAUCAUUGAAAACCUACCUGAAGAACGACAGACACUUCUUUAUUCAGCUACGCAAACAAGGUAAAAUUUAAAACCAGGAGACCUCUGACUGACAUUUCGUCAAAACGUUUUUCUUCAAGACUGGUUUAGAAACAAACUUGGAGUAGGGUUAGGUUAGGAUUAGAGAUGGUGUUUGGAAUAGGUGUUUAGCAUUAGUAAAACCGUUGCUUUGUUACGUUUUGUCACUCUUGAGGCCAGCGAAAUAACCUCUUCCCACCAUACGACCCAUGUCUGAUCAAGGAACACAGCUAAGGUGGAACUUCCACUGUAGGAUUAUCCUUAGGGGAAAGAGGAAAACCGGAGGACCUAAGAAACACCCUCGAAGCACAGCAGAGAACUAACCAUCUACUUAGGAACCGCUCAUUAUUUAUGACGGGGGUGGCACCGAAGAGAAAAAGGUUGGGUAAACAAAAUGUUUAGUGAGUAACAGGUUGCGUAAAUGAAAAACAUUACUCAGACAAGGGUUGGGUGAAUAAAAAUUUAUUGUCAUUUCCAAAGCAUGACUCGCUCAAAUAUUGAAGACUAAAGAACAAUGUCAACAGUCGUAUGUCAAUACAAUAUGUACUGUAAAUCAAUCCGAGUUACGAUCAUUUUCCGAUUUGUCAGGAGGCAAAUCGUGUCUCCAAAGAAAGUGCAUGUGCAGACAACAUGAAACUUUAGACUGCAGAAAAGUGCACAAGCAGUUAUCAAACUCAUGUCACAACUGAAUGGUGACCAGUACCCUUCUGUAAAGUUUUUGGCCAGGGACGGGUAGUUAUGUUUUAAUUCAUAUUUGAGGUUGUGGAAAAAAUGGUCGACUUUUUAAUGGUUACCGUUGAUUUUUAACAAAAAAAAAAUUAUCUUCGGUGCUACCUCCCGCCAUAAAUAAUGACCAGUCCCUUACAUCAGUACAUAGUAUAUCCAAUAACCAUACAUGAUGCUGAAGAUUAUUUCAAUAUAUUUUUAGUUCUGUUAGUGAUUUGGCCAGACUAAGCCUUCACGUAAGUUUUUCAUUAAAUGUAAUAGCCCUGGAGUUUUUCCAAUCAAUGAAGAUCAUAAAUAAAGCAUGCUAUCAUGCGACAUUAAUACUAUUUUGUGGCUGUGUCUAUCAACAACGAUUUCGUUUCACUGGUCAUUGGGAUGGAAAAAGUUUAUCGUGUACUGAUUAUGUCAACCCGUCGUAGACUCAAUAUGUCACUAAAGUGUCGGUUUAUGGUUUAGGACCCAGAGUAUGUGUCAGUGUACAAGGAUUCCGAAGCUAGCACUCCACAAGAGUUAAAACAAGUGAGCUACAGAAUUUGGGCACGUUUUUACCAUAUCCUUGUAAUAACUUUUCUUAUUCCAGCUACAAGACUUCCCAUAUUAAACAUGUGCUGGUUCUUUCUACAGAGUUAUGUUGUCUGCGAGCUUCAAGACAAAAUCAAUUUCUUAUAUUCGUUCGUCAAAAAUCAUUUGAAAAGCAAGAUCCUGGUGUUUUUAUCCAGUUGUAAACAGGUCAGUUUUGAUCUUUGGUUAGCUUCAUCAGUUCGUACUUCCAAACUGUUCUCCCAAGAGUCAUCCCAGUAUUUCUGCAGGAGGGAACCUAAGGUCCCAUUUACACACCACCGGAUUCGAUUCUUACGACAACAUAUGCCGUUCAGGAGUAAUAUCUGUCCACAAAAAUUUUCCCUUUAACAGUUUUCGUUUUAUUUUGUCAUCGCAAUUUUAAGUAUUAAAAUAUUCCUGAAACCGUUAAGUUCCGAUGUCGUGACAAGCAAAUCCGGUAUAACUGAGGCCUAAAUUGAACAAACUGUAUUUUUACUAGAUAGCUGUAUCAGUCGUAAGACCAUCACUGGACCCUCUAGGAAGAGCGUUUCGACAGAAAUGAUACAAGGAUAAAUACAUGUUUUCGCUCGCUACUCUGUUUUUUUUUUAUAAAUGAAUACGAAGCCCAGUCGAAUUACAUUCACGACCGAACGUUUCGACAUUCCAGUCGAGUGUCUUCAUCAGGGGUGAUCUGAAGUCGCAACGUGACUUCUUAUAUAUCCAUGGGAUGACGUCAUCUGCCAUUCUAAAUUGAGGUUUCGUCCUACAGUAACACUGGACCAAUACAGUAAAGGCCCAUUUCCGAAAAUAUCAUUGUUAAAAGUUGAAAAUUUUCAACUUCAAACUUUUUUUCCGACGAAAGAUUUGUGUUGGCCAAUCAAAUUUUACAAAAUGUUCUUUCUGCGGAAAAUUUUCUUGAGUGGAAAUGGGCUUCUAAAAAACUCGCGUGUUACUGGACCUCUAUAAAGAAAGAGCCACUUUAGAGGUAAUAGAGCUAUCCACUAUAUCAAUUAACUGUUGGAAAUAUUUUUCAGGUAAAAUUUACUUACGAAGCAUUUCGUCGUCUCAGACCGGGCAUUCCAUUGAUGGCGCUGUAUGGCAAACAGAAUCAGAUAAAACGUGUUGCGAUUUAUAACGAUUUUUGUAAGAAAACAUCAGCAGUUUUGUUCGCAACAGAUAUAGCGGCCCGCGGCUUAGGUGAGUGAAAGAAAAACAUAUAUAGUUUGCAUUGAAGAGCAAAAUAACCAAGAAGGGGCACAUUGCGUCUAUUUUGCCGGACGACCAGUACAGGAGAAAAUCUCUUAUCUCUCCAAGCACAAGAGCGAACAACCGCAACUUUACUUACAAUAAAAGCUUUACCUAUAGAGGAUCUGUCCUGUGGGAUAGCCUACCUGUUGAAGUAAUUAACGCUACAUCUGUAGCAACUUUCAAAAAUAUUUGAAGGCAAUUAUCACAGUUAGUGUUAUUAUAGUUAAUUUUUGAAAACAUUAAAUACCUUGAAAACAUCUAUUCUACACGGCUCCAUGGAAGAGUACAUUUUGUGAAUGAAUUCCGUGUUUUAAUAAAGUUUUAAUAAUAAAAAUAAUAACAUUUCAAUUGCAUCAAGUCCGUACAUGGUAGUUCAUCAUGGUAGUUCAUCCAUCAAAGUAAGAUCCCAACCACGACCUUCAUUAUAGUAUCUUUAGCUAGCAGGACGACGGCUAUUAAUACAAUGAAAUUUAAAAUAGUGUAGCAAAGUGAAUAAUCGUGAAGUGAAUAAGUCCCUCGGGAGUUUUAGACGUGGUCCUUCGCUCUGUUUACAACAGCAAACCAAAGACUUUUACGUCUUGUAUACAACGCCUCGCAAGCUUCUUCUCAAGAAUUAAUCAAAAUUAUGUUACCAUAAGUAUUUACUGACACAUUCGAGAAAUUGUAAACUUAAUACAUGGCAAGCUUUUUAUGUAUUUUUGAAUAGAUUUUCCAGCAGUUCAUUGGGUUAUACAACUUGAUUGCCCCGAGGAUGCAAACACGUACAUUCACCGAGCAGGAAGAACAGCAAGGUUAUUAUGCAUUUAAAUUAUCUAAAGUUGUACACAUCCAUCUCUGCUGUACCUAUCAUGUCAGCCACCACACAUCUUCUGAUCUCUUCAUUCCAUAUAUUUGACCAGCUCUCCUUCAUCUCUCUUAUUACGUGUCCACACCAUCUCAGCCUUGCUUCCCUCAUCUUCUCUGCGAUGCCUACAAUCCCACCUCUUCUUCUGAUCUCUUCAUUCCAUAUCUUGACCAGCUCUCCUUCAUCUCUUUUUAUUACGUGCCCCUCACCUUCUCUGCAAUAUCUACCACAACUUCUGAUCUCUUCAUUCUUCUUCUUAUCUUUCAGCAAAAUCCCUACGAUCCAUCUGAAAGAUUCUACGAUACAGAUACAUUAUAUGUCUUAUUUUUACUUUUUUGCUCAGGUAUCAAAGAGAUGGCCAUUCCUUAUUAAUAUUAUUACCAUCUGAAGAAACCGAAAUGUUGAAAGUAAGUUCAAAAUCCAGAAUACUUGCGAGGAAACUUCUUUACAUAUAGUUCUAUAUGCCGUAUUCUUACAUGUGAAAAGAUAUGGAUAGUAUAUGUUUCUAUACUUUUUACCGUUGAUGUUUUCCUCAGGAACUCGAAAAGAAGAAGGUUCCCAUUACUGAAAUAAAGUGAGUUUUGAACUUUUGACAUCGUGACAGGGAUUUUAUCUGGAAGCUACAAGAUAAGUUCUCUGAGAAGAGUGUUUCCAGAUUGACUCGAUACCAAGCAAGUAUCUUGCUAGACAACUAGGUACAGUAGUUUAGAACUGACAGAGCUAUCCAGUAUGAAUACAGUUAGUUUAGUUUAGUUUAGUUUAGUUUAGUUUACAGUAGGCUUCCUCCUGUACAGUAACACUGGAACAAUACGGGAUGACCCUUAUUGGACUUCUAGGUACAACAGUUUGGAACUGAUAGAGCUAGCUAGCUAUAGCUAUAUCCAGUAUGAAUACAGUUAGUUUAGUUUAGUUUAGGUUUCCUCCUGUAUUAAUAACACUAGAGGAACAAGCGAUGUUCCUUACUGGACCUCUAUAUGUUUAUUCUUUAUAUAGAGCGAAUCCUAAGAAGUUAUCAAACGUGCAAAAGAAAUUGGAAGGGCUGUGUGUGCAGGAUCACGAUAUUAAACAAUGGGCUCAGAAGGUCCACAUGCAUUUAUAUAUUCAUUUUUUUACUUUGGUCUGGUAACCGAUACUGGAACUUAAAUUUUUUCCUAAUCAUAAAUCUAAAGGAAUUAUUUUUCUAGAGUGUGGUAUCGUAUGUGCGAUCAGUUUAUUUACAAUCAAACAAGGAAAUAUUUAACGUAGACGAAUUACCAGUCGAAAAAUAUGCUGCGUAAGUUGACUGUACUGGUAGCCUUUCAUGCCUUAAUUUUAUUCAUCUUGUGAACAUGUACUGUAUGUUUUGAAUGCUUGUAGAUCACUUGGACUGAUAACAGCCCCAAGGAUACGAUUCUUACAGGUAUUUUAACUUACAUUUCAUGCUUUUAAAUUCCCAAGUGUUUACAAGGUCUUUAUGAUCUAGAUGUCUCUUCUUUUGUCACAUUCUCUUCAGAAACCAACAAAGGUUACUAACUCCUAUCCUUUGCAGAACUUCUCUUGUUCGAGACUCAUUUUUCAACUGGACUGUUUUCUUUGGAACAGUCUUCCCGCUCAUAUCACCGAAUGUACCUAUAUAUCCUCUUUCAAACACAAUCUAUAUUCUCACUACCUUUCCAACUUGAAUCUACCUUUGACGUCAAUCGAAUGCACAGGAAGACUAAUAGUUCUCAGUGUCAUUCCUAUACAACCCAACUUGUGUCUGUUAAAGGUUAAUUUCAUGGAUUUUUCAUGAACUUUUUCUGUAAAUAUUUGUUCAAAUAUAUCAGUGUGUUAAUGUGUGUUUGUGUCUUGAAAUAUAUGUUAUAACUAUUGUUGUCUUUCUUGGAUUGGUCUUAAUAUGGGAUUCUUGUCCUGUUGACUAUACCUUCAACCUUAUUUGCCCUUCAGUGUGUAUAUUCUUAAAUUUAAUAUCCAUUUGUUCAUGUGUAAAAGGUUGUAAAGUUAGUAAAUCAAUAAGUAAUCGUAAGAGGUUUAUAUGUUUUCGUUCGCCUUAAAUCAAUAUUUUUUUAUUCUGUUGCAAUGUACGUGUUUUAGAAAGCGAAAAAGAAACAUGGCCACAUACCUAAAGUAGUAGAUAAAACAAAGACGACGAAUAAACCAGCUUCAGAAAUAUUAUCAGACGGAAAGCAGGAUUUAACUAAUAUCGAACAAGACUUUUUGGUCUUACGGAAAAGAAACGUUGAAAUCUCGUCUGAAAAUGAAGAGGUAACUUAUUUCAAACAAAAGACUCUUACUGCACCUGUAAGGGGAACAGUUUAGAACUGAUAGUGCUAUCCAAUUUAGAUUAGUUUAGGUGUCAUAUGUAGUAACACUGGAUCAAUGCGAGAUGGCUCAUACUAUACACCUCUGGGUAGAACAGUUUAAAAUGGAUAGAGCUACAUGCAUAUAAAAUAAUGAAGCUAUAAAAUAAUGAAAGAUGGUAGUUACUGCAUGAAACUCUAUGAAGAACAGUUUGGAACUGAUUUAUUUAAACAUCAUAUUUCAUUUUCAUUAAGGACUCUAUGGAAAAUGAACCUAACGAGAACACAACAGAAGUAAGUAUGGUUUGAACUGUUAUUCGCUAAUGAGAGUUUUAAAAAUUUAAAGGAUGAAAUUCCUAAUAUUGGAACUCAUGUGUUUAAAGAUUGGGAAUAAAAAGAACAAAAUCAAAACAAAGACAACUUCUGCAAAGAAAGUUUUGAGAAAGAACAUCAAAGUCAACAGUAAAGUUAUAUUUGACGAAGAUGGCGAGGUUGGUAUCAUUAACCAGCUAGAGGGCAUACAUAAAUUAUACAAUGGGCUAUUACUCUGCCCGGCAAAACAAGACAAACGUUUGCUAAUGGACCUAUUACCUAAUGAACAAAUUUUGAUCUAGACAAGUCUAGACAAAAAUGUCAUCACAGCUUGAAAGAGCAUCGCAAAAUUAGUAACAUUUCGACGUUUCGUUGCGAAAUGUUGUAAAAUGCGGAUAAUAUAGCCCUGCGAAGUUUGCUGUUUUUCAGUCAUUUUGUAUUACGCACGGGAAAUUGAUACCGCUUUCUGAAAAAAAAGGACAUACUCGAACCGACCUGACUGCGUAGCUCAGUUGGCAGAGCAUUGGGCUAGUAUUCCAAAGGUCGUAGGUUCGUUCUCACCGUGGCCAGGCAUAUUUUUCAAGCUUGUCCGGUGUGAAUAUACACUCAGAGUAAGAUCACAAACAUCAUAUUUCGAUUUAUUUUACAGCCAAUGACGGUAAACGCCCAGACAGAGGGUGAAAGAGAACAGAAGAUGUUAGGAGCAGUGUCGUCGCUUGAAAAUGGCGAUAGCCCGCAUGAUGCAGGUGGAAUUGAUUUAAAGAAAUCCUCGCAAAAACUAGUCAAACAAGAUAAACUUGAUAAACGGGAAUUUCGGGACAGGAUAAAACAAAAGCAUCGUGAGAAACGAAUGAAAAAUAAAGUGAAGAGGAAACGCUGUGAGGUAUGGCACAAAAUCAUGUUAUUCUUGAUAUACUCUAUAUUAAAGCUGAGUUAAGCAUGUUUAGAUCGGCUACCUUAGAGUGAUCUGAUGUUGUACAGAACUCACUGCUGAGUUAAGCAUGGUUAGAUCAUGCAGAGGUGGUACAUGUUCUUGAAUGUGAGCUGCCUAAAGUGGUCUGAUGUACAGAACUCACUGCUGAGUUAAGCAUGGUUAGAUCCUGCAGAGGUAGUACAUGUUCUUGAAUGUGAGCUACCUUAGAGCGAUCUGAUGUUGUAUAGAACUCACUGCUGAGUUUAGCAUGGUUAGAUCAUGCAGAGGUAGUACAUGUUCUUGAAUGUGAGCUACCUUAAAGUGGUCUGAUGUUGUACAGAACUCACUGCUGAGUUAAGCAUGGUUAGAUCAUGCAGAGGUAGUACAGGUUUUUGAAUAUGAGCUACCUUUAAAGUGAUCUAAUGUUGUGCAGAACUCACUGCUGAGUUAAACAUGUUUAAUAGUACAUGUUCUUGGCUACCUUAAAGUGAUCUGAUAUUGUACAGAACUCACUGCUGAGUUAAAGCAUGGUUAGAUCCUGCAGAGGUAGUACAUGUUCUUGAAUAUUAGCUACCUUACAGUGGUCUGAUGUUAUAGGUAACUCACUGCUGAGUUAAGCAUGCUUGAAUACGGACUAGCCUAAAGUGCUCUCAUGUUGUACAUAACUCACUGCUGAGUUAAGCAUGGUUAGAUCAUGCAGAGGUAGUGAAUGUUCUUGAAUGUAAGUUACCUUAAAUUGAUCUGAUAUUGUACAGAACUCACUGCUGAGUUAUCAUGCAGAGGUAUUACAUACUGCAUACAGAACUCGUGCGAAUAGACCUAAUUUUUGUGCUCUUUGAUUAUAGGACGACGACGAAGAUGAAUGUAUUGUUACAUUGAAGAGCACUGAAGAUGAUGACCUCGAUACAAAAAUGGACAGUGAUAGUGACAAUAGUUACAGGUAUUGUCUAUUAGAGAGAUUUAGUCUAUGACUAUAUUUUGCAACUUAAAGAAAAAUGAGCCCGGAUCAUCUUCAGUCAUAAAUACUAUAUUUUCCCAUAAUUUAGAGCACCGCCAAAACGAUCAAGACGAGACAUAGAAGAAAUUGUCGAAGCACCUGAAGGAACAUUGCACGACGAUGAAGAAUUGGCUUUAAAACUAUUGACUGACUGAUAUACAGAUAAUGGACAGAGAAAUUAAGCGGACAAGAAUGACAUACGGGAGGGGGGUAUUGAUUGACUUCUACAGGGGAAGCAUGACAUUUUUGGGGAGGUGUACGUUUAGAGCGGAUAAAGAAUCUAAGACAAUGACUGCGUACAGCAUAUCGACCGUAUAGGAUAGGAAAGGAAUAAAUUGUAGCAAGAGUGAUCAGCAUAUAAUAUGCUGGGAGUUUUUGUGACAUGACUGUUAAAAGUGUUUUGGUACAGUAUUGAAUGACCAUACUUUAGAUUUAGCGUGAAUUGGAGGGCUGACUACGUGGUGCAUUAUAUUUAUAUUUAAAAGCUUCACCAAGGUGGAUUAACCGCAACAGCGAGUGGCCAAUUACUAGUUAAUUUUGAGCCUGGGCUAUUACGGAAAAUAAAACACGUGGGGUGGGUAUAUUACUAUACCGAAUUUGUGUUUGGGUUUAGGAUUAAAUUGUAUUGAAAUUGGGGUCGUUAUAUUAUAUAAACUGACUUCAAUUCUGGCUUUUAAAUUUCUUAAAGGACAAAAUGCGCACAAACAUUUUUCGGUCAUUUAUUGUGCAGAAAUGCGUUUUCAAAUACGGGUCAAGUCUUUACAUGCCUUCCUGCACUUUGCGCGAUGUUCAAAACCUGUAGCUCUCAUGUAAACAAACAUUAGAGAAAAAAUCCUUCGCGAGUCUAUCAAAAAUAGAAUGUACUAUGUCUUAUCUUUUGUGGAAUUUCUUUGAGGAAUCCUUAGCAUAGUCGAGUAGCAAUUGACAAGGUUCAAAUUGAGCUUCGCCAACUUCGGACUGUAAUUGUCGCAUCUUAUUCACGAGAUUUUCAGCGCCAUACGUAUCCACGAAUCUGAAGGGACCU